UUCAGAGUUGAAUGAUCACCUUAACCAUGCCCGAUGUUCACCUUUGUGACAGCCCUAUUAGCAAGCCUAAAUGGAGUAUGCUGAAACAUGUUAUAGCCCAAACUAUUUAAUCCUGCGUACUUUACCAGUUGUCUCGAUCAGGCUGGGGACGUUUGUGAACUUGCUCUUGGAGUUCCACGAAGGGUAUACUUCGUCGAGAGGAACCGGUAGCCGUCAUACGGGUGCAGCAACAUAUCGAGGAGGCUUCACGUCUGUGCGACUACGAAGAGAGCCUGUGCCAUGGUACCAUGCCUCGCAAUACAAGCCCUGGUCACGGCCCUGCUGCUCACGGACGUUGUUGUCGAAACCGGUGCCCUGAAGUGUCCGGGCGUCACCAUAGUGUCCCGCAAGGAAUGGGGUGCACGGCCUCCGAGAUCGCUGGUAGCCAUGAGAAAUCCUCGGGCGCAAUACGUCUUCAUACACCACACCACAGGAGCCCAGUGCAAGGACCAAAGAAGUUGCAGCCGCCUCGUACGGAGUCACCAGAACCACCACAUGAACGCCAACCGCUGGUCGGACAUUGGCUACAACUUUCUUGUGGGAGGUGACGGCCGGAUCUACGUGGGCCGAGGCUUCGGACGUGAGGGAGCCCACACACGGGGCUACAACAAGGUCGCCAUCGCCAUCUCCUUCGUGGGAGACUUCAGCCGAACAAGGCCAAGCCCUAGCAUGCUGCGGGCGGCCGAGAGGCUGAUCGCCUGCGGUGUCAAACAGGGGAAGAUCGACAGACGGUACUCGCUCCAUGGUCACCGAGACGCCAACUGCACCACCUGUCCUGGCAAUUGCCGUUGCCUAACAAAGAUUGUCGGGAAGAUCGACAGACGGUACUCGCUCCAUGGUCACCGAGACGCCAACUGCACCACCUGUCCUGGCAACUUGCUCUACGCCAUAAUCAAGAAGUGGGCUCACUUCAAAGGAAAGCUGAAGAGGUUCCUGUGCUAGCGAGCUGUGAUCUGCAAUAAUAUAAUGUACAUGCCUACGA